UUUUUUAUGAAUGAAUUCUGAAUUUAUGAAAAUGAAAGAUUUUUCUUCAAAUUCUUAUUCGCCAAGUAGAUCUAAACUAGAUGCAUCUUGGUUUAAAUUAGCUGUAGCUGUAGCAAUAAUUCGAAAUAAACCUGCUAAGGAAAGUGCACGAAAACAUACAGAGAAGCUUCAGGCAUUGUAUAUGCUAUCACAAACUAAACUGCAUGAAGAAAUCCUUAAGGCUAGGCUGCACACAAAUGAAAAGAUCUCAACAUUAUCAUCCUACAAUAAUCAAACCAGGGGACUUACAGCUGCAAAAGGUCACAAUGAAUAUAAUGAAGCCACUUUGAUUGAAAGCAUUUCUUUUAUGCAAAGCAUUUGUUCUCUUCAAAAGCUUGCCAGUCAACCUACCUUAGAGAAUCAUCUUAUAUCAGAUUCAGCUAAACACUGUAUCCAGUCUAUGAGUGACAUGAUUGGACGAGGCAUGAUGACAGUUUCACAAACAAACUUAUGUGAAGCUGCUUCAAGUAUCAGUUCUAUCAUUGAGAAAUUUCAUUGGCUGCAGGAGCAGGACGACUUUAUGUGUUGGGUUUGCAGAUUGGUUGAACAAAUUAUCUGUCAGUUACUUCAGGCUUCAAGAGAUGAUACCGUAUCUACACACCGUCAUAAGAGCUCACUGGUCAAGAUGCUGCUUAUCUUCAUGGAGUGUAGUUGUCUCCCAUUGCUGUUGUCUAUUCUAGAAUCACUUGUUGAGUAUGUGGAGCUGUUUUGUGAGCAGCUGCAACACAGCCAGCGAUCAAAUGAGCCGGUAGACCCGAGUUUGUUUGAAAACAGUUAUUUCAUCAUAUCUGCUUUAGAACAAACAGCCAAGCUGUGGCGAGACAGGUGCUGUGUACCUCAGUAUUUUUUACAUGAAGCUCAAACCAGGCUGGACAGGGCUUUGGCAAAGAUCUCCAGUUACUUCCCUUUAGUUGCCCAUUCUCUUAUGAAAGUCACAUCGCUGUUGGAAGCCAUUCUUCAGAACAGAUAGAACAUUUUUGUUAUUGCAUCUAUUGUUGGAUAUUUUAUAAACAUUGAAUUUGUUGAAAAUAAAACAGAAGUAUAUUUUUAUAAAGUCAAACAGUUUGAAAAACAUUAGAAGCUAUUUUACUUGACUUUUUUUAUAAUGUUUUUUUUUGUCCAAUUGUUGGUAAAGUUGCAUACAUAUCUUACUGCAUUAUUUUUGGGGGGAUGGAGGGGGUUCAAACAAAAUCUCAGUGGGAGGUGGUAAAAUUUAAAUAUUAAAAAGCUUUUUGACAUAUUUAGCAUACAUAUGAUCACCCAAGGGAUUUUAUAUUUUCUCACAUAAUUUAUUUUACUAUAGAGGUAUUUUAACUUUGCACAAUCAGGAAAUGUGCAAAUAUUUAUUUUUUAUGUAAAUGCACUUUUAUUUUGUCGUAUUUUGUGGAAGAUGUUUUAUUAUGUACAUGUUGUCAUCCUUUGCAAAUCUCUAUAUGAACAGUAAAAAAUAAAUUCCCCUGCACACAUAUUUGUGCGCAUUUUUUCUAUUUACCGCAUAUGUAUAUUCAAGGAUAUAUUAUUACCAAAUUCUUUUUAUGGGAAGAAAAGCUUUCAUUUUUAUAGUUUUGAGAAUUAGGCUAUUUUUCAGGCAUGAAAAUAAAUUUUGUAUUUUUUUCAUGUGGUCACUCACAUCUUAGUAUCACAACUUGAUCAAUUGUUUAUUUUCAUUUCUUGGUCAUUUCUUGGUCUUCUUUACCAUCUACUAAAAUAUAAUAGUUAUUCCUGCACUCAUCCUAAAGAUAAUCUAAGCUUGUUUGGGGCUCCUUGGCUGAAAAUUGUAAAGAGGCACCAGGGGUUAUCAUACAAGAUUCUAAAUUUUCAAUACCAUUAUUGUGGCCCCUGGUCAGUCUCUCCCUUGAGUCCACAGCCAAUCCAUACAAAAUUAUUUUUGGCUUAUUUUUAUAAAAU